AUCUUGCAGUUAUCAGUUUAAUGAAUGUAGAAUUCUUUAGCAAUUUUUGUAGAAAUGAAGAAAUUACGACCAAAUCCAAUGUCUCGCGCAAAUAUAUUUUCCUACCUAUCAUAUUGGUGGUUGAACGAUUUUUUUGCUGAAGGAUCCAAGCGAACGUUACAAGAGUCUGAUAUGUUUGAACUUGAUGCUUCUAAUAUGUCCGCAGAAAUAACAAGUGAUUUAGAAAGAAAUUGGGAGAAAGAAAUUCAAAGAUCCAAAAAAGUAACCGAACCGAGUUUAAUUCGAGCAGUAGCAAUGACAUAUAGAAUGCGAUAUAUGUUAUGUGGUGUUUUAGUUGUUAUGCAAGAAGGUCUUCGAUUAGCAGUACCAGUUUUGAUAGCAUAUCUCGUUAAAUACUUCGAAAAUCAAGCUGUUACUACAGUUUGGCAUUCAUAUGCUUGCGCCACUGGGAUAAGCGUCGUUACAAUAUUAUUGGCUUUUAUUCAUCAUCAAUAUUUUCAUGUAACGCGUACAAUUGGAUGGCUUAUGCGAGCAUCGACCUGUGCUUUGAUGUAUAAGAAGACACUUCGUUUGAGUCAGAAAUCAUUGAAUAAUACAACGACAGGUAAAAUAGUUAAUCUCGGAGCCACUGAUGUUCUUCGAUUUGAUCUGCUCCCUAUGUUUCUGCAUUAUCUCUGGGUCGGGCCGCUGCAAUGUUUAAUUGUUGGAAUUAUACUCUGGCAAGAAAUUGGAAUCGCUGUAUUAUCUGGAAUGGGAGUCUUGAUUAUAAUAAUGUUUUUGCAAACAUUAUCCGGACGGGCAUUCGGCAAAUUCAGAAGUAUGACAGCGGUUAUUACAGAUGAACGCAUACGACUAAUGAACGAAGUAAUAACUGGAAUGAGAAUUAUAAAAAUGUAUGCUUGGGAAAAACCAUUUGCAAAACUUGUUUCGAACACUAGGAGGAAGGAAGUUCAAAAAAUUCUUCUAUCGUCUUCAUUGAAAGCUUUUAAUUUCUGCUUCUAUGCAUGCCAAGAUAAAAUACUGUCUUUUGUUACAUUAUUGACAUAUGUUGCCUUGGGAGGUACAAUAACAGCGUCGAAGAUAUUUAUAGUAAUGGGACUCAGCUCAUGUUUGAAACUUUCUACUACUCAUUUCGCGCUAGCAAUUGAAUAUAUGUCAACAACUAACGUAUCAAUGAAGAGAAUACAGAAAUAUUUGCUGAUGGAGGAAUUUUCUGAUAUUGGAAAUAAUUUAAGAUCAAACUCCAACCAAGAAGUUUACGUAGAACUUGAAAACUUCACUGCUAAAUGGGAAUUGAAUGAUGAUGCUAAUGAGAGAGCCGAUAUUGCGUUGAAUUGUGUAAAUGUUCGAGUGCACGCAGGAAAGUUGGUCGCAGUAAUAGGACCGGUUGGCUCAGGAAAGUCCUCGCUCUUGAGUGCAAUACUCGGUGAAUUACCCGCGGCUGAAGGGAAGACUACAGUUCAUGGAAAUGUUGUCUACUCCAAUCAAGUUCCUUGGAUUUUCUCCGGUACUGUACGAGAAAAUAUUUUAUUUGGCGCGGAAUUCGACGAAGUACGUUACCACGAAGUAAUUCACGCAUGCUGUCUAAAUAAGGAUCUCAAUCUGCUGAUUGAUGGAGACAUGACACUCAUAGGCGAGAGGGGUGUUACUUUAAGCGGCGGUCAAAAAGCAAGAGUAAGCUUGGCACGAGCUGCGUACAAAAGGAAUGCAGAUAUAUGUUUAUUGGACGAUCCAUUGAGUGCAGUAGAUAUCCCUGUGGCAAGUCAUAUAUUCGAACACUGCAUCUGUGGAAUGAUGAAAAAGAAAGCUCGAAUACUCGUUACUCAUCAACUGCAACUAUUGAAGAGAGUGGAUGAGAUUCUCAUUUUCAAAGAGGGAAGAAUAUAUGGUCGCGGAACUUAUGCCGAACUUCAGGAUAGUUCAGUUGAUUUUGCUGUUUUGCUUAGGAAAAAAGAAGACAAAAACGAAUCAAUUUGGGGGGCGAAACGACCAACAGUUACAGGAUCCUCUAUUAGCUUGAUAGCAAAUUCACAUGACUCACCACAAACAUCUAUAGUUCCAGAUCUAUCAAUCGAAGACAAGGAGAAAGAGGGAGAAUCGAGAAAGAUCAAUGCAGAGGAAAUAGGAGAACAGGGAAGUAUUGGA